AUGAGUUCCGAGAAGCCAGGACCAACCACAUCGACGGGCAAGGAGGCCUCUGCCCUCGAACUGGAUCCUCAAAGUCAACCAGAUUUCCGACGGAAGAGGCGAUACACGAUCGGCAAGUCUCGUCAGUCCGCAGAUGACUCUCCAAUAGUCGACUACGGGCAGUGUAUCAAGCCUGCAGCCGAGUUCAGCGCGCCGGGACCCAGUGUCACCAUUACUCGGUCGUCAUCUCGGCAUCGUCGGAAGUCUGUUACCACUGGAUCAAUUAUAGACACCCAGACAGAAGUUGAGUGCCCUGAUACCGGAAAGGCAAACAUUUCUGUCACGAGCUUGGGGGAAGCCACCACAAGCACAGCCUCCUCACCCCCGGCGAAUACUAGAAGAGGUUCCCGGUCGCGACGGUCAACACGUCGCUAUCCUCCAAGCAGUUGGAAGAACAAUAUGGGAACGGACACUGUUCUCACUCCUCUUCGAGGGGAUGGACCCUUGGGGCCCUUGGAUGGACAACAUUCAGCUACGAGGUCAGCUGAUGUACCAGGACAUGAUGCGCGGCCUGCGGAGAGAUCUGCCCUGGGGACCAAUGCAAGAUCCGUAGAUCCUGAACCCAGCCUGAAUUCGAGAAUGGUACUCAAAAGCCCAACAACAAUGGUUUCCUCGUUCGUGGUCAAGACAGCUUCUCAGCCAAUUCCAAAGGGUCAAUAUCCGCACUCUGAAGCCGCAAUCCAAGAAGCGCGCAAUGACAACAUCCCGCAUCAUCCCACCGCCUCAUACUCUGCUCCUGUCCUUAUACGGUCUCGUCGACGUCGCCUCAGUGAUACAUCGUCCUACUCUAAACCCACAUCCUCUCCUGAGUUCAGAGGACAUGAGCAGCCGUCGCCGUCGCCGUUGUUGUCGGCAGCCCCACAAACAAAAGACCUGCCUCUUCCAGAUCCCGAAAUCGCUUACGCCCAUACCUACCACUUCACAAACUGUCCCCACACAUCUCCUCCCAUGUCCCGGCCUCUCAACGUUCAGCCCAUUCUAGUGCAAUACCACGAUGACCUCCUCGCGUACCCUCCCUACCACCUACGAGAGUUGCAGGAUGAAUCAAUGGCCCGACCGCCAGACAUCUAUAUCAUCGAAGGCUCCUGCAGCCCCUGUGAUUCGACAUCCCGGAGAGAAGCCGAAUCCGCGAUCCUCGACACCUACGCCCACAAUACAGAUGGACUGUCUGACCAAUUGAGCCGGUUGAAGCUGGAUAUUGAAUCGACAUCCUCGCUCUCCCUCGAAUCAGUUUCUACAUCAACAUCGUCGGGACCCGCCACAAAUGGGACUGGGACAUCGUCUAGUUCUUGUUCUUCGAAAUCGAAGCGAUCUAUCGGCCUUUCUCCCGGACAGAUUCUAGCUAUCGCAGACAUUGAGAAUCAGCUCAACUCGAUGGUAAAGCUGCGUGACCGUCAAGUCACAUCCGUUUGGAAAGGAUUCACGUCGCGCUGGGGUCCCGCGACUUUAGGGAUUCAUCAUGACUCUGACCAGGACAGAGGACGGCGACGGACACGGGACAUGAGUUUGAGCUUGAACACAGAUUCGAACACAGAGGCAACCACAAAGACAACCACAUACACUCCUGAAAACAGCGUGAUCUCACACGAAAAAGCACAAUCCCGACGUCGCAGUGUGGGCAGGGUCCGAACCUCCACAGUAACCUCAACUACAGCCACCUCCUCAAGAGUCACGACCACAGUCACUACCUCAAACAACAGCAGUCAAACAGUGUCCUCGAUGUCGAGCCAGCAGCGAACUGGUCGUGACAGACGCACGAGUACUAGUUCCAGCAAUGGGCCUCGGGAGCGCUACUCGGAUGGGACUCGCCAGGUCAUCCUCUCGUCGUCCGUGGAUGGGGUGAAGAGUGAUGGCAGGAUGGUGGUCGAUUGGAUCAGACCUGAACUGAGUGCGGCAGGUGGAAGAAAACGGGCAUCGAAUAACAGUCACAGUCGGAAUCGGGGACAGAAGGGAAUGUCGAUCGCGAAGGAGACACAAAGUUAA